AUGGUUAAGGGAGACCGUUCGGCUUGGAAGACGAACUACUUCGUCAAGCUCAUCGAGCUGUUCGAGGAGUACCCAAAAUGUCUUCUCGUCGGUGUCGAUAACGUUGGAUCCAAACAAAUGCAGGAGAUCCGCCAAGGCAUGCGAGGACACGCCGAGAUCCUUAUGGGAAAGAACACCAUGAUCCGUAAGGCUAUCCGUGGACAUCUCGGCAAGAACCCAUCGCUCGAGAAGCUGUUGCCGCACAUCGUUGAGAACGUCGGAUUCGUCUUCACCAAGGAGGACCUCGGAGAGAUCCGUACCAGGCUUUUGGAGAACCGCAAGGGAGCCCCAGCUAAGGCUGGAGCCAUCGCUCCAUGCGACGUCAAGCUGCCACCCCAGAACACCGGAAUGGGACCGGAGAAGACCUCCUUCUUCCAGGCUCUCCAGAUCCCAACCAAGAUCGCCAGAGGAACCAUCGAAAUCUUGAACGAGGUAAGACAUUGCACUUGAGAAAAUAGGCUAAUUCUUUGGUUUUCAGGUUCACCUCAUCAAGGAGGGAGACAAGGUCGGAGCUUCCGAAUCUGCUCUCCUCAACAUGUUGGGAGUGACUCCGUUCUCGUACGGAUUGAUCGUUCGUCAAGUCUACGACGAUGGAACCCUCUACUCUCCGGAAGUUUUGGACAUGACCACCGAGGAGCUCCGCAAGCGCUUCCUCUCCGGAGUCCGCAACGUCGCUUCCGUCUCGUUGGCUAUCAACUACCCAACUCUCGCUUCCGUCGCCCACUCAUUGGCCAGCGGACUCCAGAACAUGUUGGGAGUUGCCGCCGUCACCGAUGUUUCCUUCAAGGAGGCCGAGACCAUCAAGGCCUAUAUCGCCGACCCAAGCAAGUUCGCCGCUGCCGCUCCAGCCGCCGCUGCCCCAGCUGCUGCUGCUGCUGCUCCAGCCGCCAAGAAGGAGGAGCCAAAGGAGGAGUCUGAUGACGACAUGGGAUUCGGUCUUUUUGACUAA